CGCGUCAUUUUCUUCCAUGUUUUUUGUUUAUUUAUUUUUUCUCUAUGAUGCAAAAAAAAACUUUUUUUUUCUGUCUAAAAUUUUCCCCCUUUUUUUAAAAAUUCUGAUCUCAUUUCCUUUUUAUUUUUUUUCUCUUUUCAUUGUUUAUUCAUCUUCCGGUUUUCCGGAUGUCUUACACCCAUAAUCGUGUUAAAAGUGCAAAAAAAGCUUCUUCGUGUGACCCCCAACUUUCCCUCCCUCCACUCUAAAAUUGUGCGCAAAAACCAUCUUGGCGCGCUUAAUAUUUUCCACCCUUUAUCUACUCUUAAAAAAAAUUUUUUUUGGCGCACACAUU